AAGCCAAAACUAUAAAUAGAAGCUCUUUGUUUCCAUUUUUUAUCAUCAAAUAUUGCAACGAGGAAUCAUGAUUACUUUCAAGAAGUCAAUCAUCUUUCUCCUUCUUUCAAUUUGGCUUUCAUUAUCAUGGGCUACCUCGGCCAGUUCCCAUGACGACUUUCUUGAAUGCCUUUCUCAUCAUACUAUAAACUCAAACUCAAUAUCACAAGUCAUCCACACUCCUAAUAAUUCAUCAUACUCCACCAUUUUGAACUCCUUUUCGACUAACCUAAGGUUAACCUCCAAAGUCAAACCUUCCAUUAUUAUCACUCCCCUAAAUGAGUCUGAUAUUCAGGCAGCUAUAUAUUGCUCUAAGAUACAUGACCUACAAAUCAGAAUUCGAAGUGGUGGACAUGACUAUGAGGGACUUUCAUACAUAUCGGAUACCCCUUUUGUCAUUAUUGAUCUUAGAAACCUAAGAUCAAUUUCCAUUGACACUGAAAACAAGACUGCUUGGAUUCAAUCUGGCGCGAUCCUAGGGGAAGCAUAUUAUAGGGUUGCAGAAAAAAGUAAAAAGUUGGCCGUUGCUGCUGGGGUUUGUCCUACUGUUGGUGUUGGUGGACUCUUUAGUGGUGGAGGCUAUAGCAUGUUGUCUCGAAAAUUUGGUAUUGCUAUAGAUAACAUUAUUGAUGCUAAAUUAAUCGAUGCCAAUGGAAAAAUCCAUGAUCGAGAAUCAAUGGGUGAGGAUCUCUUUUGGGCUAUUAGAGGAGGUGGAGGGACUAGCUUUGGUCUCAUUGUUUCAUGGAAGGUGAAGUUACUCGAUAUUCCAGAAAAAGUGACUAUAUUCAAUGUGACACGAACCUUAGAACAAAAUGCAACUCAACUAGUUUACAAGUGGCAACAUAUCGCAGACAAAGUUGAUAACAAUCUCGUCCUCAGGUUGUCCUUGACUAGUAGGGAAUCUCCAGUUCUGCGUGGUAAAAGGACUGUCUAUGUCUCUUUUACAACACUGUACGUGGGAGGAGUCAAUGAACUCCUCCGCGAAAUGAAAAAGAGCUUUCCAGAAUUAGGGUUAGUGAAAGAAGAUUGCAUAGAGCUGAGUUGGAUUGAAUCUGUACUCUAUUCUUGGUUUCCUGUGGGAACAUCACUUGAUGCUUUACUUGAUAGGAAAAUCAAAGAUCUGGCAGGAUACGUAUACUUCAAAAGGAAAUCAGACUAUGUCCAGCAGCCUAUUUCAAUAGAUGGUCUUGAAGGUCUAUGGAAACUAAUGAAUCAACAAGGCCAAAGUCCACCAGACUUGAUGUUUACUCCUUACGGCGGAAAGAUCAGUGACUUUUCUGAAUCUGAAACCCCUUUCCCACAUAGAGCUGGAAAUAUAUAUCAAAUCCAGUAUGGGCUGAAUUGGCAAAAAAGAGAGGAUUCUCCAAAAAAUAUAGCUCGGAUUCGAAAGAUUUACCGAUACAUGAGUAAGUAUGUAUCCAAGUCUCCUAGAGCUGCAUAUUUCAACUAUAGAGAUCUUGAUUUGGGAGUGAACAACAAAGGAAACACAAGCUAUGCACAAGCAAAAAUUUGGGGAGAGAAAUAUUUCAAGAACAACUUUGAUAGAUUGGUGAAAGUGAAGACUAAAUUUGAUCCAACAAAUUUCUUUAGGAAUGAACAAAGUAUUCCUCCUCUAUUUUCUUAUGCUUAGUCAUUUGUCUGAAAAUGAGGCUUUUCACAUAGUUCUUUUACGUAUAUGUUACAAUAUUUGUAUUGAAAAAUAAAUGGAGCCAUGAUGCUCCAAAGAUUGUGUAAGAUGUAUAUGUUUUGGUUAUUGUAAUUAUAUGGUGAUUCUGAUAUUA